AGGCGUGGUCCGUGUGUCCCUGGCAGACAUGGACAGGGAGACCAGAGAGAACUACACCGUGGUCAUCCAGGCCAAGGACAUGGGCGGUCAGCUGGGGGGGCUCGCCGGCACCACCACCGUCAACAUCAGGCUGAGCGACGUCAACGACAACCCGCCCACCUUUGACCAGAGGCUGUACCAGAUGAGCAUCCCGGAGGCGGCCCCCGUGGGCUCCGUGGUGGGACGCAUCUGGGCCAAGGACCGGGACGUCGGGGUCAACGCCGAGAUGGAGUACAGCAUCAUCGACGGGGACGGGAGGGACACGUUCGACAUCAGCACCGACCCGACCAACCUCUUCGGCAUCGUCACGGUGAAAAGGCCGCUCAACUUUGAGAGCAAGCCCAGUUACACUCUUAAAGUGGAGGGCGCCAACACCCACCUGGACCCGGCCUUCCAGCACCGCGUGCCCUUCAAGGACGUGACCAUCGUGCACGUGAGCGUGGAGGACGUGGACGAGCCGCCGCUCUUCGACAUGCCGGCGUACUACGUGGAGCUCUCCGAGGACGCCGAGGUCGGCACCGUGGUGACGGCGGUGACGGCGAGGGACCCCGACGCCGCCAACGACACCGUCAGGUACUCCAUCGAGAAGUCCAGCGACCCCGACAAGUUCUUCUACCUGGAGAUCACCUCCGGGUCGCUGAUGACGGUGCGCUCGCUGGACCGAGAGCGGGUCGGCUGGCACAACAUCACCAUCCUCGCCAUGGAGAUGAAUAACCCCACGCAGAUCUCCAGCGCCUCGGUGGCCGUGAGGGUCCUCGACGUGAACGACAACCCUCCCUCCCUGACGCACUACCUGGAGGCCUACGUGUGCGAGAGCGCCAAAGCGGGACAGCUGAUCCAGACGGUGACGGCCGUGGACCCAGACCAGCCGCUGGGUGGACAACACUUCAACUACCGCCUGGCUCCAGAGGCCGCCAACAACCCCAACUUCACCCUGAGGGACAACCAAGACAACACGGCGUGGAUCCUGACGCGGCGAGGGGGCUGGUCCCAGCAGGAUCAGACCGUGUUCUACCUGCCCGUGGUCAUCUCGGACGGCGAGCAGCCGGUGCAGACGAGCACCAGCACGCUGACCGUGCGCGUGUGCAGCUGCGACCGCGAGGGCAACGUCAUGUCGUGCAACGCCGAGGCGCACAGCCUGCCCGCCAGCCUCAGCCGGGGGGCGCUCAUCGCCAUCCUGGCCUGCAUCUUCGUGCUGCUCGUGAUGAUCCUGCUCAUGCUCUCCCUGCGGACCCACCGCAAGAAGCCCUUCCUGUGCGACGAGGAGGAGAACGUGCACGAGAACAUCGUGCGCUACGACGACGAGGGCGGCGGCGAGGAGGACACCGAGGCCUUCGACAUCGGCGCCAUGUGGAACCCGCGCGAGGCGCACCACCGACCCCCCCCCCGCCAGCCCCCCCACCCGGGGGGCAAGGCGAGGCAGGACAUGCUGCCGGAGAUCGAGAGCCUGUCGCGCUACGUCCCGCAGGCGUGCGUGGCGGGCGGCGGCGUCGGCGAGGACAGCAACGUGCACGGCUACGUGCUGGCGAAGCUCCUGGACGCCGACUCCGACACGUGCGCCCCCCCCUACGACUCCCUGCAGACCUACGCCUACGAGGGGGAGGGCUCGGUGGCCGAGUCGCUCAGCUCGCUGCAGUCGGGGGCGUCCAACGCCGACCACGAGUACGACUACCUCAGCGAGUGGGGGCCUCGCUUCAAAAGGCUGGCGGAGAUGUACGGCGCGCUGGAGACCAACGCCGCCCCCGUGUGGUAGAACGCCGCGCCCCCCCCCCACACUCUUUUCUGAAAUCGGAGAUGAAUCACUCAAAACAAAAGAGACGGACAAAAAAAGAA